GAUCUACCGUCGCUACCCUACCGCCUCCCUCCAUCCCCUCCUCCGGAUACCUUCUUCUUUACGCACAUAAUACCAACCUACACAUCUUCUCGGCAGCUUCCUGCCUUCGUUCGCACAUUCGCCUCUUUCUCUUUUAUUCCUUCUUUCGUUUUUUGUUUUAUUUUCACUUUGGUCCGUUGCCGUUGCUCUCCCGACUUAUAUACGCUACAGUCAGUUUUGUAGUUCCCCGAACGCAACUUCGACCAGUCUCCAAGUUUCGUAUUCACGCCACCUCGCGCUAUUUGGAUUUACGGUUUUGCGGAUUCCUGGUUGCAGUCACAGUUGCAAUAAUCUUCGUUCGCUUGGCAUCAUUGAGCCAGCAUCCAUUCACUUUUGGCGCCCCGUUUCAACCAACCCGAGCGGAAUCAGAGCUGCGGGGAAAUUAAUAGUUUCUCUAGGAUACUUUACCGAAACUUUGCGGACUGCACUUUGGUCGAGUUGAGACGUUAGGCGGGUUCAAGCGUUGAGAAGAAACACCGCAGAGCAAGAGGCAGAAGGGAGGAUACAUUGCAACGCUGGUAGCAGGAAGGGAGCGGGAUUUUUUUUAAAAAAAAGUUCACAGGCAGAGUCAGACCAAGUGAGGUAAAUAGUCUUCUGCUGGGGGAAAGCAGGAGAGGAAGGGGAUAAGGGCACAGGAAGAUAAACGAAGGAGCAAAAUUUCGUUCCGGAAUAUUUCAGACCAAAAGGAAAAGAAAAGAAAGGGAGACGGCAUACUUCUGCAGGGGAAGCUAUUGCACGCAAUAUCCACGAUCCUACCAGCCCUAUCCAUUUUCACAUGGCCGAGCGCUCGAGUGUGAAUUUUUGACUCCUUUUACGAAUAGAGAAUAUCGCAGACGCAGCAGCGUACAGCAAGGAGCUUUCGCGAACCAUCAACGCUGUAGCCGCCCGCUAAGUCGAUCAAGUGGCCCGGGCUUCCGCUUGGGUGUGUCUCGUCAAGAUCGCUGCCAUAUAACCCAUACCCUCGCAUUGCCUUGAGAGCUUUGGGUUUGUGAAACCCUGCCCCCUCGCACCGCCGCAUUACCGGAGUUUGCUUGGAUACACAGCGUUUUGAGCUCGGAAGCACUUCGUGAGGUUGACCCGAGGCCGUAAUAACUACUCCUCAGAGUCUCACCGAAAAUAUUGAAUCAACCUUCAAUCAAUUCCGGUACAGACUCGAUCAUCACUCGAGUAAAGCUUGGAUGAACUCUCACACUUUUGUUGACGCCUCUUCUCGAGUAGGAAGGGGAGUGAGAAGGUAAUGAAUUGCAUUCACUCGUCCCUUGCAUUACCCUAAGGGAACAACGGUUGACCCUUUAUUCACAGCGAGGACUAUGAAUUGCAUAUUCGACAAGGCCCUGAAAGGGCACGGGUUGCUGGGGUAAAGGAGAAAGGUUCGCCUCCCUUUUAGCCCUCCUACGCAUGGCCUGGGAAAAUGGAGCACUGAAGUUUGUGGGGGUUUAGACAGAAAGCCAGUAGAUCCGCCGCCAAUAAUCCAGUUGAAGAUUCGAGAUGACACUGACCCUGCUCAGUAUGUUGAUUACCCCUCUCCAGAGUGAGUUUCGGAUGCUGAUUGACAUUCAUAUACAGGAAUUAUCUUCAGAGCCCAUACUAUUUCAUGUGUACGAACCUUUACAGUUCUAUGCAUGACUCGCCUUCACAUAUACCCCCACACCAAGCGUUGGCUGGAACAUUAGUUUCGUCCCUACAUAGGUUGAAGGACAUCGAUAAUAGUGGUAAUUUCUUUAGCUCUCUGGAGAAACUAAUCGGAACGGAGGCUGAUGAUGGUUAGAUGGUGGCUUCUUCGUAUUUGGUGACUUGUCAGUUAAGAUUGAGGGUGAAUAUCGUUUGAGAUUCAGUUUAUUUGAGAUGUUAAAGUGAGUAAUAAAAUUUCCGAGAUAUUUACUUAGGAGGCUGCUGAUGAACAUGAUAGAAAUGAGGUUGUGCACAUCAAAUCUAUAACCUCAGAGCCAUUUACUGGUUUGUUAUAUUACUCCUCCCAGUUGGACUAAUCUAACAUCCUGCCUAGUAUAUGCGGCAAAGAACUUUCCGGGGAUGUCCGAAUCAACAUUUUUGUCUCGAUCGUUUGGGGAUCAAGGAGUUAGAUUACGGAUUCGGAAGGAGCCACGUACAUUGUUGUGAGAAUCAUUUUCUAUUAUUUACCUAUCAUCUUUUGGCUAAUGAAGGGAUAUAGAAAACGACCUCCGCCGGGCAUGCGGCCAGAAGAAUACCCUCUCUCCCACUCGGCCAGGCCCUACAUGCCGAUGCCUAAUGAUUCUCGCCCUUACCAGCCCCAGGUGUUCGCCCACUCUCCAAAUCAUGAGUAUCCACUCUACGGCGGCGAGUCAGCAAAACGUCGGAAGACUUCUGACACUGUAGUUAGUCCAAGGGAUUCAAGGGGAGAUUUGCCCUACAGCUCCCGUCCGCACUAUGAUCAACAUUAUGGCAUGCAUCCUCCGUCCUCUCAACCGCAGUAUCAGGGCUACCACAGUUGCCCUGGCCCACCUAACUCUUACGGGCACCAAUCUCAAGGACAUGGGAACCCACUUGAGUAUCCGUAUCGGCAACCUGCCCCAGCGCCUCCACCACCGCCCCCACUAUCACAUUCCUCGACCUCAUCACCUUAUCAGUCACCUCGCCCGCGCCAACCUCAUCAACGCUCUCCAUUGCCGUCAGCCGCGCCCCUUCCGAACCAAUAUCGGUAUGCCCCAGGGCCCCAGCAGACCCAAUUGUCCCAUGGGGGCCCACCACCACAUUCUCAGUCGCCCAAUUUAGGACCUCUAAUUAGGUCACCGGUACCAGUAUCAGAAAUGCCCCCUUCAUCCGCAACUCUUUCUAGGCCCCCGCCCCAUACACCGUCGCCGUUGAGCGCCCCAGCAUCCUCGACACCGUCAAUGCCCAUGGCUCCUCCACGCGUCUCGCCGCACCGGCAGCAGCCAAACACGGUCUAUCUCCCUCCGUUGCAGCUACCAUUACCGCCCAUGAACUCUGGAUCCCAAAACCAGACAACAGCACAGCAACAUAAUGCCAUGGCGCCGAUUUUGGGUCAACAAAUCGUGUACGGGCCGCCCAACUCCUUCGAUUCUGCGGCUCAACAGCAGUCGUCAGCAUAGGGAUGACUGGCUUAUUUUGAAAGAGCCCUUUAUGUGAAUACGGCCGAAAUAUUAUGAAUGCGGGGGAAAAGAACAGCUUUGUACUCGCCGAUGUUUAUUCUGGUCAUGUACUGUGCAUUGCCUUGGUUUGGGGUUUGGUUCAAUAUGUUGUCGGGUUCGUAUUGUGGAGAUUCUUGGAGCCUGCUUUCUGGAAAAAACAUUUCCCCAUGCUUUCAUCUCAUUUUUUCCCUCGCCUUUUUCCAAUUCCAUUUACUUUAUGGGACCUUUCUCGUUUAUUUGUUUUUUUGUCUGAGCAUUGAGAUGGGCUUUAAUGCUGUCGCUAUACGUUCGAAGGGCUAGAAGUGAUUGGGGCCCAUGGAGGUUGGAAGACAGGUAUUUCAUUUCAUAUUCUUUAAUGGCGCAGCAUGGGUGGUUUUCAUAGGAUCUAAGACACGAUAUCGAAUGACAUUCGUAUUCAUUGGGGGUUUUCACGUUUCUUAUGUUGAUGGCUUUAUCUACUUUUCACCUGAUUUUCAUUCGAUUUUCGCUUCAAUUUCAAUUCCAUUCGGAGAAUUUACAACAGAAUGCUGCAUCAGGAAGCCGCAAUGGCUGGGGGGCUGGGGUGAAUUGGGGAUCGGAGGGGCACGACAGUACAGGGGGGGUGAGGGCAAAUCGGAGGGUGACUUCUCAGUUUUCGUUUUUCAGACCAGUGACCCC